ACCAACCCGCUUCUUUUUCAGGCUCAUCUAACCUUCAUCGCCUUCUCGUUUCUACAUCUCUUCUUCUUGCAGCCAGCUAUUUCCUUCUCCAAUUCUCCCAUUAGAAUUCGACCCGACCCUCUUGUCUCAGGCUUGGAGUUUCGGUACCGGAUCUCUUCUGAUCCAAUCGUCGUCCUCGUCUCGUUGUUUCAGGCCAGAAAGAAUCAAGAAUCUUCACCUCAUGAAAUCCACAAGACAAUUAGCCUUCGCUAAUCGCCUGCGUUCGUUUAAUUGGAUCGGCGCGGCGGAGCAACGGUGGAUGUUGAUUGAUAUGAUGACUGGUUUGUAGAAUUGUAUGGUUGUUGCAAAAUCUUGUUUCAAUCAUGUAAUCUUGAAGAUGAUGGAGGUAGGAUAAUCGAAGGAAGGUGUAGGAGACCUUUGCCAUGACAGGUGCGCUUGCAUGGCAGGUCCUAAUAAAUUUACUUUUUUCAGGUUUUAGGGGAGGGAGAUGGCACGGAGUUGUUGAUUUUUUUGGCUCCUCUUCUGCGUGCUCUCUCUCUCUCUCACACACACACACCACAUUUUAGUCUAUGGUUGCCUUAGUAUAUGAGAAGCCAAAUAGGAUAUCAAUUUGGCUAUUGAACCGGCGGCACUAACUGCAGAAUUUGACUGGCCAUCUCGAUUUCAAUGCAGGAGGUAUUAAGUUUCAUUUGUUACUCCAUUGAAAACCGGUUAAGAUUCUUUGAACGCCUGGCAUUUAAGAUAUUAAUUCUAUACUUGUAAACCCUGUGUGAAGCUAUAGGAAUUGGUUUGAUCACUGCAAAUGCUGCAUUGGUAACUAGCAUUCCAAUGUCACCUUAUAAAGUUCUUGCGCAGAAAGAUCACAUAGUUUUUCCCCUCCAAUGACAUGAGAAAGAAAACAUUUGACUCUACCAGCAUUUUAACUUGCUUGCUUUCGUAUCCAAUAAUACAAUAUAGUGAACCUGCUACCAUGCGCUCGAGCGCCUUUUCCCCAUUCUCAGCUCUAUCACUUGUUCACGAUCAACAGAGAAUCAUAGUUGAGAUCCAUUUGAUUCUAGUUUGCAAUUCUUUCAUCAAUGAUAGUUAAUUGAUUGGUAUCUGAGCUAGAGUGCCUUUGUCAAUUAUUUGCAUUUUGAUGAGUAAUUACUGUAGCUGGUAGUUUUUGUUUUGUUGUGAGGAUGUGGAGGCACUAGGUGUUGAUGUGUAGAGAGUAGUACUCAGAGUAGUGAUAUGUUCCAUGUUAUUUGGGAAGGUAGGGUUGUAGUUUGUUUCAUAUGUUUGUAUCUGAAGCGAUACUCUUAUCAGCCAAUUUGAAGCAUCAAUGUCUGUAAGCACAGAAGAAAUGGUUGAUGGAAUAUUGAAGUAAUAUGGAUGUGCAAGAUUCUGUUCUCAUACUUGCUGUUGGUUCUUGUAUGUUCCUCCUGUCAAUACCCCUUUUUUUGUGUGGUUUGUAUUGAGUGAGGAUGAAGAAUUAUAAAUUGGAAGGUUAGACAGUUGUAGAAUUUCGCUGUACAGUUUUGUUUUGAUGAUUUGUGAAAUCUUCAUUAAAUGGGUCCUGCAGGCAGACACAAGGACUAGAAAUGUAAUUGUUCAUGUUUGCGUCGUUUCUUGAUCUGAGGCUAUCUCAGUUGUUGGACGUUAUGUAAUCGGUAGGUAAACUGCUAGUUUAUUCUAUUUGGAACGGCAUCCCGAUUUUCAUAUUGAUCUAUACUAAGUUUUGCCGCAUUCUACUUGUCAGUCCUGCAAUUGCUCUGUUAUUGAGAUAUAUUACGGAAGUAUAUGCUACAAUUGCACUGGUGCGAGUGACCCUUAUAGUUGGUUUUGAGCAAACAUUUUGGGGAAGGUUCAGGGCGAGAAAAUCUUUUCUAUAUCUUCUGAAGUCGUUUCAGUCUGCAAUGUGGUCUCUGGGGGAGAUUGCUUAGAGUUUUUGAGAUCUCAAUGUAAAUGGCAAUAAGUUGUAGCUGUACUCAUGUGUACUCAUGUGGCUUGUCACUUUAUCCAUCUGAAGGUUUUCUCAUGCUUCAUAUAAGGUGCUUGCAAUAUCAGAAUAAUAAUCACCAAGUAAUUAGAGUACUAUUUAGUUUGAAUGACUUGUCCCUAAUAAAUUUCCAGAAUAGAUUUUGACUGACAGCAUUCUUACUGUGGCUGUUAUAAGAAUUUUGAAGUAAUAUCAACAUUCUUACUGUCAUUGUUAUUACAUACAAACUGAUAUUACAUACAAACUGAUUUUGACUGCCUACAUUUUUGGGUGGUUAUUGCGUAUGCUGAGUUAUUUGCUUGUGUUCAAAUUGUUUGGCUUGUUACUGCUGUUUUCAAUCCAUGGAUCCAAAAGCUUAUCCUGAACUUAGAGCAUUGGGCGUGUGGUGGUUCGAGUCCACGUGGAUCCCUUUAUUGCUAUGAGCAUUACUGAAUUGUUCCAAGAAUGAUUUGAAUUGUCAAUUUUCUGAAGAAUUUAUUGAAAUGUGGGUGUUGUAAAUCAUUAUGGCUAUAUCAUGUAAAUAGAUAUAGGGUAAAUCAUUAUGUUGUUAUAGGCUUACCCUUUCCAUGUUUUAUGGAUGACUUUAGGAAUCCUUGUUUUAUGGAGGACUUUAGGGGUCCUUGUUUUAUGGAGGACUUUAGGCUACAUGUUCCCUAUCUUCCACUAUAUGUAGUCCAUUUCUCAUCCAUGUUAUGAGGAGAAUACAGAAAAUACUACACUCCUUCUCUGCAUCUAAACUCUCUCUCUCUCUCAAGUUCUUUGAAGCAAAGCUCUCUCCAUUUUCUGCAUGAAACACUUUCUAUGUUCGUUUUACAACACGUUAUCAGCACGACUAGCUCUAGGAUUCGGAUUGCCGAUCGACAAGAGAAGAGGUGAAUAACUCUUGGGUUGCAGAAAAGAAGAGGUUCAUCAUUCAAUCAACAUCAAUCUACCAGCUCUACAACCAAGCAAGAUACAAUGAGGCUGUGUACUUAAGAGAGCCUCGCUCCACCCAAACCUCAUACUCUUACCUGGUCGUAUUUAAUUGGAGUUACCAAAAGGGUUGAGUAAUAACUUUUCAUUCCUUGGCAGACCAGCUUGAGCCCAGCAGGCCCACUCUCCCUCUGCGGGACCUAGCAGCCUAGCAGGUCUCACACACCAUUUGAAUUACGCAUGAAAGGUCGGGUCACAAGCCCGCAGACUAAGCCCGAUAGGCUUCACUAUGAAGCCCACUCCUUUGGUCCAGCAGAAUCAAAUAAAAGGAAAAAUGAUUUGAUAUUGUAAAUAGAUUCACCAUAUUUAAUAUGUGUAAUUAAUUGCCAGAAGCAUUUAUUCACAUAAUUGUGUGAUAAUUAAUAUGUUAUUUUACUAGCAUGCAAUUAAUAUCUCAAUUGAUUUGUGAUUUCCAUUUAUCCAAUUUGUGAGAUUAUUUCAAUUUGCUCAAUUCAAUAUUAUUGUGUUACUUGUCUAAAUUUUCGCACUAGAAUAUAUGUGUAGAAAAUGCAGGUACCUAAUGAACUAGAAGUUCUAAAUGAACCAGUAGUUCAUUCACAUAUCGAACCUGUAGUUUCGAUAAUGCCAUUUAAGAAACUUGAAGUUUCCUUCAUAAAUUCACCACACAUGAUAAAACCAGUAGAUUUUACAUGUUUAAUCCGAUUUUCCAUACCAUGUUAUAGAACCUGAAAUUCCUAUUAGUUGCUUAUGGACGAUACUACCCAAAGCACUAAGAUUAUUUGUUCUUUUCCUGUAAGAAAUGCCAAAUCUCAACAAACUUGACUUUGUUGCUUUGGAGGUUUCCAGAAGAAACUAUCUAAAGUGAACUCAAGAUGUGAAAAUUCAUCUGAUUGCAAAGAAGAUGAGAUCAACAAUCAAUGCUAACAAUGUCGUCAUUGAGGCUUUUAAUAUGAGUGCCAUAAUUUUCAAAGGAAACAUAUGGAGAAAACACUCCAAGUUGAGUAUCCGAUGAAGAGGAUACACAGACUCUUUGGGUCGCUCUAGAAGAGCACUUUCACCAUCAAAUGACCAUUUUCUUGCUUGAAGCAAGACAUGAUUGGCAGAACGAAAUUAGCCCAUAUGACCGUCUGCCACUUGGCCAAAGCCCAAGAGGCCAUGUAAUCAGGCUCCACGUGGCCAAGGCCCACGUGGUAGGAACCAUGAUUCCAUAACUCAGCAAGCCCAAGUUGAAAGGAACACUGGUCCGGCCCGCUGCCACCAGAAUCAGCAUGAUCUUUGUUAUCAAUGUGGAGGAAUUGACUGCUGGUCCCGCACCUGUUGUGCGAUAGCCUAAGCAGAAGAUGAGUAUUACGCCGGUCGCGGAACUCGAAAUACCAACUUUAUUAAAGGGUCAUUUUCUAUCGAUUCCACACUAGAGAUCACGGAUUUUCAGGCAGUUACUGAACAUACCGAGGAUUAGAACUCAAAGACAUGGGUAUAAUUGGCCCCUUGUGCCAUAUCUAUUUCAUCUUAAUGAAUGAAACAUCUUCGGAUUUUGGUGAUUUAUGUUUUCAAUUAUUUUGGAUUAUAGAAAUGUGGUUAUGUUCGAAUAUAUUUAAUUCAAUAAACUUAUUCAUACAUGUGAUCCAUUGAAUUAAAUAAAUGAAUAGGCAUAUUCUGUGGGGAAGUUUGUUGUCUGGUUAAAACUGCUAUUACGCACACCAUACUCCCAGAUCGGAGAUAUUUUUCAAACUUAUUAUCUAUUCAUACCUCUGUGACAACCGUAUCAGGCCAAUCCAACCUGAUAGAGGGUUAUGGCAAAACCCACUAUAUGUUGUCCAAUGGUACUGAACCUACCAUUAAUGAGGCCUUAUAAUCUCCACGUUCCAGAAGAACGUUAUUGAGUAUUAAGGAUAUUCGAACCAACGGUUAUCACGCUGAAACCACUGAGAAAAAUGAGUGUAAUAUCUUUGCAUAACCUCCAAAGUGUGUGGCCAGAAGCGUACAUUGGAGAAAUUGGAAUCUGUUAGCUAGAUGCUAACUAAUUUAAGCAACUACUUGCUAUGGCAUGACCGUUUGGGACACCCAGGUCAAAGUAUGAUGCACCGUAUCCUCAAUUCAUUGCAGGUGCAUCCCCUUCUGAAUAAGGGUCUUGUAUAUAAUGACACGCUAUGCCAUACUAGACCGUCAUAUGCAAAGACUAGUACAUACACCACCAUUUUUCUGCACAGAAUGCAAGGGAAAUUUGUGGACAUAUAUAUCCAACCACCAUGUGGACCAGUUAAAUAUUAAUGGUUUUGGUUGAUGUAUCGACAAAGUGAUCACAUGUUACACUAUUGUCCACAGGAAAACGCUGCUUUUGCUAAACUCUCACCCAUAUCAUGAAAUUGAGGGUUCACCACUCGGAUUAUCCCAUAAAGUCUAUAAGACUUGAUAAUACCGGAGAGUUUACAUCGAAGUCUUUCGAUGAUUAUUGCAUAUCCCUUGGGAUUGAUGCUGAACAUAUAGUUCCCUAUGUUCACACCCAAGAUGGUCUCGCAAAUAGAAUCUUGGUAAUGCGCACCAAGCUUCUAAUUUUUGCGUGGGGCUAUGCAAUCUUGCAUGCAGCUAUGUUGGUCCCGUUGAGGCCCACUGCUACCCAACCUUACUCCACGUUACAGUUGGUAACUGGGUACGAACCUGAUGUUUCGCACUUACUCGCAUUUGGGUAUGCAGUCCGCGUGCCAAUUGUGCCGUCACAACGUACAAAAUUGGGUCCUCAACGAAGGAUGGGCAUAUAUGUCGGUUAUGAAUCCCCAUCCAUUAUACGCUUUUUAGAGCCCUUGACAGGCGAUCUCUUUACCGCUAGAUUUGCGGAUUGUCACUUUGAUGAGACAGUCUUCCCGCCGUUAGGGGGAGAUAAGAACGUUACCGUUCCUGAUGAACGACGUGAAUUGACGUGGAAUGUCCCCACUAUGUCUCAUCUUAAUCCCCGAACCGCACAAUGUGAUAAUGAAGUGCGGAGAAUUCUAGAUCUACAGAGUGUAGCCCAAAAUAUGCCAGACGCUUUCUCUGAUCUAGCUAAAGUGACGAGAUCACAUAUACCUGCUGCAAAUGUGCCUGCAAGGAUAGAUGUCCCUGUAGGACGCGUCGUCCCAGAUGGACGAGGUACGACCAUGGCGGCUAACCAGUCACAUAUCCCUGCCCAGAAGCUAGAUAGACCACUAGGUUCGAAGGAUUCUUAUCCCCAGAAGAGGGUAAACUCGGCACAAAUGAAUCUUCUUGACAUCGCAAUCUCAAACUGAUUCAUCUCACGAGAUAAAUCCGGAUUAUGGGUCCGUCCUAGAAGAGACGACGUUGGGGGACGCUCCAACAUUUGAACCCACUCCCGAGAAUAGAGAAAUCUCGGUAAAUUUUGUGAGAUUUGGAAUUUGAAUGAGAUUAUCAUCGAUGAUAUAUUAGUAUUUGCGGUGGCCACCGAAACUAUAAUAUGCGAUGAUCUCGAACCUUGCUUUGUUGAUCAAUAUCAACGAAGA